AUGAGAGGUGCUCUCUCCUCUCUCCUCGAGUGGCCGUCCAGGCUUGGUGGCUGGCUGCUGACGAUUAUCUCGAAUCUAUUCCUCACUAGUCUGCUAAAUCAGAAAAGCAACCGGUACAAUCAUGCUGAGGAUAGGUUGUUCAUUGGUCCUGAUUGUGGCUUCAUGGAUUGCUGCCCGAAAAGGGUGCUUGGUAAACGAAAGCGAGGCUGGUUAUGUGAGGAUGAUAAUCCCGCGAGUGAAUUUAUGUUAUCAAGAUCUAGCUCUGCGAAAAGACGCAGAAGUGUUCGACUCCAAGAAUGGCGAUUUUGGCUCCCGUCGACGUCGGAUCUGGUAGGCGAUGAAUCGCUGUUAUCCAGGGCUGAUGGUUUUACUGAUGAUAUUGAUGAUCCUAAUUGGAGAGAUCAUGCUCAGGUCGGCCUAGUUGAUCGUGACUUUGACAAGGAAGCGGUGGAAGUCCGAUCGCUGGUUAUCAAACGGCAAUGGCGAAGCUUUCUGGCAGGGGCGGCCGAAAGGUCGAUCGGUGAUCCCCCGUGCUUGUCCACGUGGGCAGGAUCCUCCCAAUCCCGGGAGUUGGGGAAUAAUUGCGUUCUGGAGAAUGUUUCGGAACUGCACUCCCCUAGUAUCUCGGGGUUGUUAGGGGGGUUCCAGGGGAUCCCUGCCCAGCGGGGAAAAUCUGAUUUGUUUCCUACGCUAAUUGAGAAUCCUAAUCCUAUUUACCUCCCAACUCUUAUACAAAACACGCCACUGAAACUCGGUUUCUACCGAGGCUUAGGGCCAUUAUAUAUACCAUCCCCACCUGGGCGGGCUAGACUACCUAUUCAUCAACCUAGGCGCCCAGGAAAACCUGCUACAGUCGGAACUCUCGCCCUCGUGCCAUCGUUGUGGAGCUGCUCAGGUCAUGCUCGCCGUGACUGCACCUUUGAUCCGCCGCGUGGGAAAGAGCGAUUCGGUCCGCACAUGGCGACGAAGAAGGUGGGAAGGAAGCUGUAUGAGGAAGAUGGGGAUGCCCCGCAAUUUGGAGGGCCUAGGCGAUCCGUUUGGAUAAAUCGACAAAAUCAGAAUAAUAUGGUGGCGGGAAGAAAUGAAUCAAGCGUGGGGGCUCGGAGUCACACCCAAACGUCGGUGCAGUUGGAGCAAUCUGCUCCCUUGAAAACUUCCUUGGGAUCGGCGUCUCGGGGUGGAAUGGGAUUGCAUCAGGUGAAGGGGUCGGGACGAUCGCCCAAGGCGCGCGGCAGCCCGCGGGGCUUUGCCCUCAAUCGCCCUCCGAAACUCCGACUGGGGAGUAGUCAGCAGAGACACCCGGCCGGUAAGAAGCCAGAAGCGGGUCACGGACCCCCUGUCGUCGUGGUGGCGGACCAGUCCCGGCCAGCUUUAGUGGGUCGGCAGGACCCCGGCCCGAAGUCGAGUGGUGCCUCAUUUGCCACGAUCCAGGAAGAGUCACGUUGCCGCCGUCUUAUCCUCGAGGAGGAUUCUGAUGAUGACAUGGUGGAUGUGCAUCCCGCGGCGGCCCAGGCUACAGUGCAGCAACCUAUGCUGAAUGGGUCUUCGACGGUCCAGGCGGCGCACAGUUCUCCGACGGCAGCUGGGAUGGAGAAAGCGGUGACGAGGAGGUCUCGGCGCUCGAAACUGCAGCCGCUGAAGAAAAUGGUCCAAGAGGUUGCUCCCCAAGAUGGAGUUGCUGCUGCCGCUGGCCUUGUGCAGUCCCAGCCGGGUAAUUUGCGUGGUGGUAGGAAGCUUCGAAAGGCGAAGGCUUGUGUGGAGGAUAAAGCCACGGUUGAAGCAGCAUCUCCGCGGGACGGGGUGAUUUUGGCCAGCCUUAAUAGUGAUGAGGUGGCAAUGAACCCUCCUGCCAUUAUCUUGGGAGAGGACAUGAUAACGACUGCUAUGAAGGAUGGUGACGAGGUGGUGGAGCCAUUCAUGGCUGGCAGCACAGGCUGUGUUAUUGAGCCUCAAAUUAGCCCUCAAGAUAGGGGGAUUGGGGUGGUUGAUGAGUAUGGUUCUAAUAUGCUCAACCCACCUCCUGGUUUGAAGAAACUUCCCUUGGAGGUCAUUGAGGGUGAGGUGGGGGUCCCGCCCACGCCGAAAAAACAGUUUGUGGAGGAGGGUGAUGCGCUUGAAAAGGUGGAGGAAGCCAGCCUGGAGUGGCUCCAACCAGAUAAAUGA